AUGACAAGGAAGCGAAGUCGCGCUUCUAAAUCUAAAACUUCACAACUGGAGGCAAAGCUCGAUAGCAUUGUAUCCUUGCUUCAGACAAACCAGUCUUCUACAUCAGCAAAUAUUCUUGCAGAAUGGGGAUCAGCAGCCAGCUCUACACCAAACAGCUCGGAAACCAACUCAAUGCCUUUUGAUGACGGGUGUCAUUCUGAUCCAACCUCUUCGCCGGGGUAUAGCACCAUUAUGGAGUAUUGUCAGUCAAUACCGAUUCCCUUAAAGGAAUCAGAGAAGCUUAUCUGUCAAUUUCGAAGCCAAAACUUGAAAAGUCUGCCUUUUAUCUACUUACCAACUCAUCUCACCUCUCCGCAACUUCGCCAGGAAAAGCCAUUCCUAUGGCUAUGCAUCAUGGCCGUGACAGUGCCAGGAAAUAACGAACGGGAUAUACUUUUCAAAAAAGUGACAGAAAUUAUUCGCCAGGAACUCUUGGUUUCAAUAACCUCAAGCAUGGAUAUGCUCCUGGGGGUCAUGACCUUUAUAUCAUGGACAACAUUUUCCAAAAAACCCUUUCUCAACUUUUAUUCCCACAUGAUUCUGGGAAUAUUGUGUGAUUUGGGACUUAACAAGGCACCCUUCAAGGAGUUGUCAACGAUGCAGGCUUUUAAAUGUGCCGUUGGCUGGAAGCUGCCAGUACUUAUAGAGAGAACCCUAGAGGAGCGGAGAGCUGCACUAGGAGUCUUCUUGAUCACAUCAAGCGUUGCAUCGGCAAUUUGUAAAAUCGACGCAAUGAGAUGGAAUUCAUACAUGGAGGAAUGCCUGGUCGUUUUAACUGAUGGAAAAGAAUGCCCCGAAGAUGAAAUACUUGUUUCCCUCGUCAAGAUUCAAGUGAUCAUAGAUAAAGUAUAUCAUCUUCGACGAGAUGGGUAUAUCGAUCCUCCUCCACAGUUUUACACGCAUUCGUUCCAAUCACAGCUCGAUUCUGUGAAAGCUGAGCUGCCGCAGCAUGCACGCGAAGAUCGAACUGUUCAUAUGUACAUCUCUUCUGCAGAACUUGUGAUUCAUGAGUCAGAAAUGCAGACCCCUCUCAUGUCAAAUUCCCCCGAGCUCCAUCGACUAGAGGGUCUCUAUACAGCUCUUCAUGCAUCAAAAGCUUGGUUCGAUAAUUGGUUUACAGCUUUUCCCAAGGGCUAUAAGGGCGUUCCAUUUACCAUCGUAUUCCAGUUCGGUCGGGCAUUGAUAAGUUUAUACAACCUAUCCACCUUGGAUGACCCAACAUGGGACAAAACCACAGUACGAAACACCGCCAAUGUUCUUGAAAUUCUGGAACGACUGGUAACCUCUAUGACAACGUUACCCGAUUCAAUUUCCGGUAGCCCAGAUGAGCAUUUGUAUGAAAAGGGAGUUAAGAUGAUGGAGUCUAUAAAGAAAAGCUGGGAGCCAAAGUUAAUGGAGACCUGGUUCCCCAGCAUCCCAGCCAACACUAUGGGCGGGGAAUUUGUUCCCAAUCCUUCCCUCCAGGAAGUGUUACCAAUGAAUGGGUUUGAUGAUUAUUGGAUGGUGGAAAUUUUUGGUAGUCUGUGA